ACCGGAGUGUGUGUUGUGUCGUGAAUGCAAAAUGGUGUCGCGGCAAUAAUGUGAUCGCAGUGCACACAAGUGUUGUCAAUACAAUUUUCAACCAAACACCCAAUAUUGUUUACAAUCGAAAAAAAAAAUUAAAAUGCGGUUAACAAUAAUGGAGACUGCAGUGAGUUCUUCAAUGUUACGCAUCGCAUUAUUUAACCGGAAUUAAAAAAAAAAAAAAAAAUUCGAAAGUGGAUGAAUCCAUUUGAAAAAUGGGUCGCAGUCGGAAAUACGGCAACGAUACGCUAGACGUAUUAAAUAAGGGAUGCCUCGAUUUGUACGACUCUAUGGCCUGUGGCCGAAUCAGCAUUUUGGUUUUCAUCAGCGCAAUCACCUUUCUUCUGAUUUUGCUAAAGCUCAUAAAGUACCACAGAUACAGACAUUUACAAAUGCAUCAUUAUGCAAUAUUUUACGUCUCUGCCAUUCAAUGCAUCCUCUGUGGAUCGAGUUUCUUGUUGGGCGUUCGUUAUCCACAGUUGGACUUCACAACAAAUUUUUUCAAGCUCUUUCAGUUCAUUUUAAUUUGUCAUCUUCAUUGGUCAUUAGCAGCGAGAUCUCGUCACAGAGAUGACAUCGUUCAACAUGUCAUUAAUCCUGUUCUGUGUCUCUAUACUCUUUAUUGUACUACUGUAGUGCUUAUGGGAAUGGUGGAUAUUAAUGGAACCUGGACCGAAUGUUUCCGGCCAUAUUGGUUAAUGCUGUCGAGUGCGGAUUUCAUAGCGGUGCAAUUGUUCGCGGUAGUUGCACUUUAUUUAACUCACAGCAGUCGUCAAACGGCAAUUUCGGCCCUAAUGUUGCCAUCCACGUCGUCGCAGACUCGGGAUCUUUGGCUCGUCACGGCCGUCUACGAACUUUCGGCUACAGUUUCCGUUGUCUUCGAUGCCGCAAUGACUCUUUUGGAGAAAGAAGAGUACGGUUGCAGUGGAAUUUACAAUCACGUACAGCUUUAUUACAGUUCAGCAACUGUUAUCGUUACGAUUCUCAAAUUCUUUGUGCCAACCUGGACUCUUCUCUGCGUCUUUCAACCAAGUCGAGUCAAGUCCAGACCCUCUGAAGUCGCUCUUACGUCUCAUUACAAUAUGGACGGCUCGUGCUACAAUCAGUAUCACCGAAUGUUCGCAUCACAAAAUGGCGUGCUCUCAAAUUCGAUUCCCUAUCCAUCGAUACCCUAUCCAGUCGAAUCGCCGGUAUUCGGAAGUUACGGUGACUUUUCCUACACUGACAGUUCACCGGACGCUUCGCCAACAAUCACUCGAUGCUGGAACGGCACCGAGGACGAAUCCCUAAAUGGCUAUGAAAAGCACUUUUUGAAUCUCGAUCAGAAAAAGGAGGAGAGUCGCAAUCGAAUGGAGCAAGCUCGUCAAAAUCUCGAAAAGAGCCUCGGACUCGAUUUGGAGAAUGACACCGCUCUACGUAACGUCAGGAAUCUCACCACAAUUUGCGAGGAGGGUGCCAAUAACAUCGACAACAGCCAAGAAUGAAUGCUCAAUUCUUCUAAGUCACUAAUUGUCCCUGAUUUUAACAAAAUCCGUUCUUUUCUGUUUUAGUUCUGUUUUAGUUCCAAUUUUGGUUCUGUUUCAGUUCUAUUUCCGUUCUGUUUCAGUUCUACCUCAGUUCCACUUCAGUUCAACUUCUAUUUUUAAUUUUUAGUCCCUUUUUAGCCCAUUUGACAAAAAAAUCAAUUCGAUAACCAAAAAUUAACCAGUUUUGGUAACUAAACUGUUGACCAAAUUUCUGUUUGCAUUUUUAUUUAGCGGAAAAGUACAUUCCCCCCAAAAACAAGGUUUAGACUUCGAAUUAAGAGAAUUCUUCGAGAAAAAAACCGAGAUCUCAAGAAAAGGCUGAAUUUCAAAUUCUCUCGCUACAAUUAAUUGUGCUGUAGGGAAUAUUCUUCUUCGACGCCUGAGUUAUUUCAGGUAAAACUUAAAUGUAAUCAAUGUGUACUCAUCGAAAAAAGGAAAAAAAACGCCCGACCUUUGAAAUUACUACAUAUUAGGCUCAUAAAGUGUUUUAAUAGUCUAAUAAUCCUAAUUUCUAAGUUGCAUUUUUAUACUAGAUACGUACAAACAAAAAAAUAUCUAAUAGAAAUUAACUGCGUACUCGAUAUCUAAUUAGUAGAUACCAACAUCGAUAUCAAAACUAAGAUAUUUACGUAUAAUUAUUGACUCCAUUUCGGAGUUCUUGUCCGUCUUUUUUUAUUGAUAUUAAGUUAUCAAUUACCUCCCGAUUCUCAAACGAGCAGUUCAACUGCCAAGAAUCAUUAAUUCGAGACUUCACUAUAAAUUUUUCUUCUUUUUUUUGCGUGCAGUUCUCGAAUAGUUUGUAAAAAAAAACACAAGAAAACUAACGGUUUUACGACCAUCCUUCCAAAUGCUGUGAUGAUGCAAGAAAAUAUCACUUUCAAUUUUUUCUAUUUCUUUCAAGUCUCCUGGAAUUUAGCGUCGACUCUGGGAUUUUUUCCACAAAAAGGAAAAUAAACCGAUUUUUUGCCAAGUGUUCAAAAGAAAAGUUCUUCGAAGUUAAAAAUCUGAUAAUGUUUCUAACUCCGAUUUUAAUGACAGCGUCGACGCUAACUUUAGGAACACAUUUCUUUGAAUUAAAAAACACACGAAACAUUACGAAAAAAAUUAUGUUCAAGUCGGCGACUAUUUUAGAAACGAAAAACUAAAAAUACCCACAAAUAAUUUGACUCCGAAUUGAUGUUAAUUUUCCAAAAUUGGAAUUUUUCGGUAAUUAAUUCUUAGAGGACCCACAAAUAAUUUGAUGACAUCAAAUUAUUUGUAGGCCCUCUAAGAAUUAAUUACCGAAAAAUUCCAAUUUUGGAAAAUUAACAUCAAAAUUAGAUUUGAAAAAAGUUUUUUCGUUUCUAAAAAAAAACGUCACCGACUUCAAGUCCUCAUCGAAAACAAUGAACACAUUUUUUAGGCUAAAAAAAACAUUUUUUACAUUUAACAUUUUUAAUAGAAAGUCAAAAAAAAAAAAAAAUUAGUCGUAGUUUUACAUGUUCAUCUUUCGAAUUUUUAAUUAGGCCUAAUAGAAAAUUCAACUUCUUUUCUCUCGUCCUUUUGCAAUUUUUUACGUAAAAAGAAAAAAAAAUGUGUAAAUUAUAAUUCUCAUAUAUUUAUGAAUGUGUGAAAAAUAUUUCAUUACUCAAAGCUUUAUUUAAUUACAUCGACCCCAGUGUAUAUUUGUUUUUACUCAAUGUGAUCAAUUCUUUCACUUAUAUUGUAAAUUUUCCUUCUUCUUUUUUUUAUAGAUUUUAUUUAUUAUAGAUUUUUUAUCAAAGUUAUCAAUUUGUGAUUUAAUUUUACAACUUUUUUUUCUUGACAUAUAGAAAUACUGUUAUAAAAAAUAUAAAUAUAGGAUAUAUUAUUAUUAUUAUUGUAUAAUUUGAUUUAUAAUAGAAGACAUGUGCUUCCGAAA